AUGUCGCAGUCGCGCAUGGAAGAUUCGGGUCACCCGUCCAGAAACAACUCUGCCCAGCCUUCGCAUGGUGGCCUCAUUCCCAGGGACUAUCUUGCGCGAUCAGACAUGGCGCGCCCCGGAGCUGGCUCCCGUCACAUCUCACCUUCACCUCUACAAACCAGCUCGCUCCCACAAUCCUACCUUCACGACUCGCCUUCAUCUCAUAGUCCCCUCUCGCCCAGAUCCAGCGCCAACGCUUCCCCGGCCCAGAAUCAGUCGCCUAUCUCCCGCGGAGUGAAUGCGCCGUUUCCCGUGCCUCCCUCAAGCUCGGCUCACCCUAUCGCCCAAACCCCGGAUAUGACAAGUAUGGACGCGGCAGACAUGGCAAACAUGACGGGCGAUAUCAACUCACCUAAGCCACCGGGUGUGACUGGCCCCGAUCGGUCCGCAUCAUCCUCCGUGAGCUCCAUUCUGUCAGCGCCCGGUGACCGUCCGACGCACCGCGUCAUGCCUCGCACCUCCUCUAUCGAUUCGGCCAUUUCAUCCUUAUCCUCCGCCUCUCAAAAAUCGACGUUUGAUGUCAAUGCUUUGAGUCCAGCUGAUAUCAGGAGCCUCAUCAAUGCUGCGGGUUCCGCGGAGGCGGUUAUCGUGCAUCUCCUGAAAGAAAAGCACCAAGCCGCCUCUCAAAACUCACAGCUUUGGAAGCUGGUCGAUAAACAGCGCACCCUUAUACUAGGUCUCAACAAAGACCUUGAACGUGCUUUCAAGGAAAAGGAAAGAUACAAGAAGAAACUUAAUGAUCUACAGGUCUCGGCGCCUCCGCUAUCUACCUCGGACCUGUCUGUACCACGAUCCAUCUUGGCCGAUGUAGUUCAUUCAGGAUCGGUAUCGGGAGUGAAAAGAGAGAGCGAACGACCUCAAGCUGACCAGCCGUCCACCGUUCCACCCCCCUCGGCGUCCGACUCUACCCUCCAAGGCACCUCAGGCCGUAGUCCAGCGACCGAUGCCGCGUCCCCAGUUGCAAGCGAACUACAGCGACUGCCUCAGCCGAACCGUAAACCGCCACCUGCGCCGCUGAAACUACGAUCAGGUGAUCCUCUGUCAGAGCCUGCAGAGCUAGAUUCGGAUUCCGAUUAUGGCGAUACCCAGGACGCAGAUGGAAGGCCAAGCGUGGACCGUGGAAGAAGAAAGACACGAGAGGAAGACGACCGGGACCGCGAAGCUAGCCUGUUUCAAGAAAUGAACAACCACGAUGCUACAGAAUCGACCGAAUUUGGGCCCACAUCCCAGAGCUCUCCAGACACUGCAACGUCUGCAAGUCCGGUGACGGCUCCACGUGAAUUAGCAACGAGGUCACCGCCGCCUGUAAGCGGAUCUGGCCCCCUGGGCUCCCUUCUGAGCUCUCGAGUUAACCCCUCCACUUCGACUGGGCGUCAACCCCUUACCAUGCCCAAGAGCCCUGGCCUUCCAUUGAGCCCAAGGCCCGAAGAUCGACCCAUCGGCUCGCCUUUGCCCCGGAUGCCGAGAGACAUAUCAGCGGGUUAUAAUCCAUCGGGACUACCUCUUUCUCCAAGAGCCUCAGAUCAUCCAGUCCCAUUUCAUCCUGGAGAUUAUCAAGCUCUGACUGGGAGGCCUGGAGGUCCAAUUCCUUCAAUUGAUCCAACUGUGAAGAUAGACAGUCCAAGAACACCGGGUUACCCAGAGAGCAGCAUAUAUCGGGGCUUGAUAUCCGAAGAUUAUCCUGGGUUACUUCUGCCUCCUAACGCGCUUCCUGUGAUUCAGGUCAGAGUGUCGUCGUCUCGGCUUCGACCCUCCAGAAACAGCUACAUGGUAUCUAAGCCUCUUGACGAGGAGCCUGUGUUUACACUCAGUGUAAUCUCCCGAUCUGAUAUGGUUGAACUUUGGCGAGUCGAGAAGGUCAUUGCUUCCCUGCCUCAGCUGGAUUAUCAAGUCAGACAAUCGGCCUCGUUUUCAGGCAGGUUGCCUGAUCGUAGCAUUUUCAGUGGUCACUCACCCGCCAAAGUGGAUGCUCGGCGUGCUGCAUUGAAUGCUUACUUUGACAGUCUCUUGGACACGCCUAUGGACGAGAAAGCUGCAGUGGUUAUUUGCCAGUUCCUAACAAAUGAUGCCAUUGAGCCUCGAGAUGACGAGACAAGCUUACUUAAAGGCCAUAGCCAAGGAAAACCGGACAUGCUUCGAGGUGCAGACGGGAAACCUCGUAAGGAGGGCUAUCUGACCAAGAGAGGCAAAAAUUUUGGGGGCUGGAAGGCCCGAUACUUUGUCCUUCACGGACCAGACUUGAAAUACUUUGAGUCUCCCGGCGGCCCUCACAUGGGUACCAUCAAGCUUCAUCAUGCACAGAUCGGCAAACAAUCACAAAAUCCCAGCAGCCAGACUCAAACGUCCCCGGGUGCUGAUGAGGAUACUGACAAUCAGUAUCGACACGCGUUCCUCGUCUUGGAACCGAAGAAGAAGGAUUCAUCGGCGCUAGUUCGGCAUGUCCUAUGCGCCGAAAGUGAUGAGGAGCGUGAUACAUGGGUCGAUGCCCUGAUGGAAUAUGUGGAAACCCCUUCCUCAGACAAUGAGAGCCGUGGCAAUUCUUCUUCAAAGACUCAACACCAGACUCAGCCGAAGUACACGAACGCCACUCCAAAACCCAAUGUGCCUUCUGGCAACGGGAGUAAGCGAUCUGACAGAGGUAUUGAAAGUCCAGAUCAAAAUGCGGGGACAUCUGUCCAGGGAUUUAGCUUUGACAACACUGUUGCGGCCGAACCUCCUAUACUAGGGUCCUCUCUCGAGCAGGCCCCUCGCUCUCCGCGUAUCCCAGCCACUCUGUCGAUGGACUUCCGAGAGCUAAAUCAAUCCCCUGUUGAGCCACAGCCACCACAGUCUCCUAAAGUCAUCUCAGCGCCCACGAAUGGCGCCGUGAUUCAAGAUGUGGGAGCUUGGGGCAAUAAGCCCACGUCGACAAAGGAAAAAAAGCGCAGCAUCUGGGGGUUCCGCACGCGGUCUUCCUUGGAUCUCGCCUCGCAGGCCUCAGUCGAAGUAUCUACAGCAAAUGUCAACCUUCAAGCCGAGAGAAGAGAGAAUGUCAAGCCGGUAUUCGGUAUUCCUUUGUCUGAAGCUGUACAGGAUUGUGGACCUUACGGGAUCGAGGCGGAGCUACCGGCCGUCGUCUACCGCUGCAUCGAAUACCUUCAGGCCCAAGGCGCAGCAUCAGAGGAGGGUAUUUUCCGCUUGAGCGGCUCCAAUGUUGUGAUUAAGGCACUUAAAGAACGUUUCAACACUGAAGGUGAUGUAGACUUUCUUGCUGGAGAUCAGUAUUACGAUGUCCAUGCUGUUGCUUCUCUCUUCAAGCAGUACCUCCGGGAGCUUCCAACGACGGUUCUGACCCGGGAGCUGCAUCUGGAUUUCCUUCGUGUUCUAGAGCUUGACGAUCGCCAGAAGAAGGUCAUUGCCUUUAAUUCUUUGAUUCACCGGUUACCGAGGCCAAACCUGGCAUUGCUUCGAGCAUUAUCACUCUUUUUGAUCGAGAUUGUCAACAAUUCCGAUGUGAACAAGAUGACAGUCAGAAACGUCGGCAUUGUUUUUGCUCCCACACUCAACAUUCCGGCGCCGGUCUUUUCUAUGUUCCUCACCGACUUUGACAGUAUUUUCGGCGAAGAAUCCGGCCCCGGCCCUACGACUGUGGAGCUGAACGUCGACCACAGUCUGUCGCCAGACGAUGUUCGUUCUCCACGUCACCAAAUGUUCUCGGAUAUACCGACUCCCUCCUAUAAUCAGACCUCUUUCCGAGGCUCGAGUGAUGCGCCUAUGGGCGUCGACCAUUCUCGGGCCCCUCACGAGGCUGGCUUCGCCCCUAUGCAACCCUCCUACGACCAAGCGGGAUAUAGGCAGGAUGUGUACAAUCAGCCCGCGGGAGCCUCGGGCCCAUUCUCCUCACUGAAUGGCAUGCUGUCUCCCAGCCCGGACGACACUCGUUCGGCAAAGUCAAAGAGGCGAGAAAGCUCGAUGCUUUUCAUGGAACACACACCAGAGGAUCUCUCCUUUUAUCAAGGCAAAUAA